CUUUAUCCACCUCUGGUAACUAAAAUAAAAAAAUAGUCCAAGUCCACCGCCUCGGAUUCCAACUACUACUACUCCUCGCCAAACUCCGAUUUAGGGUUUCUAAAUCGGCCCCUUUUCCGAUCGUCCUUAAAAUCAUGCCAGCUUCUGAUUUAAUCCAUUGGACUUGAUUCUAAACCGUGAUGCCAGAUGAGUUCAAUGUCUUCAGUUAUACAUUUCUCUCCUUACCAUAGGCCUAACGCUUGAAGGGGGCACAGGCACCACUGCAUGGCUAUGAACUAUUUUUGGACAUAUCAGGAAUUGCUGCGGGACUCGCUUAUGUAAAAAAUAUCAAUGGUACCCGAAGGAUAGCGGAGUUAUGGACUGUUUUCAAACUAUUAUUCAUUUUAAAGGUUCAUUGCCGCAUUGGCUAUUAUCAUUAUUUCUAAUAUGGAUAUCCGGUUUUCAGGAUGCAGUGGCAUUGCAGCCACUGCUUAAGCAAACUAAUUUUUCUUCCAUGUCAGAGCUAGCAAAACAACCGAUUAGUGGAUUCUUCGAGCCAAUUGAAAUAUCACCAGCUGUUCUUCCGCAUAAUCCACAUCCUGUUGAAUCUUUGCCUCCAAUGUACCCGACCUUUCCAACCAGAUAUAAUCCUGUCUUGACUGGAAAAUGUCCUGUAAAAUAUUCUGCAUUAUCAAGUAUCAUGGACAAAACAGCAUCCGAUUGCUCUCAACCUUUGGCAGCACUUGUAGCAAAUGUAAUAUGCUGUCCCCAACUUAACAGUUUAGUCCAUAUCUUCCAGGGUUUCUCUAGCUUCAUCUCUAAUAAGUUGGUGUUACAAAACUCAAGUGCUAAUUACUGUUUUGAAGAUAUUAUUAAUAUCUUAGCGAGCAGGGGAGCAAACAGUUCAAUUCCCACACUUUGCUCAGUAAAACCAUCAAACCUCACCGGUGGGUCUUGCCCAGUGAAUGAUGUUCUUACAUUUGAAAAAACAGUCAAUACAAGCAAAUUACUGGAGGCUUGCAGCAGUGUGGAUCCUCUUAAGGAGUGUUGCAGACCAAUUUGUCAGCCCGCAAUUAUGGAGGCUGCACUUCAGAUUUCAGGAAAACAGUUGACAAUCAAUGAGAACAAGAAUGUAGUAGGCGGGUUUUCUCAUGGUGAUUAUCUUAGUGACUGUAAAGGAGUGGUUUAUGCAUACAUUUCGAGGAAAUUAUCAAUGGACACAGCAAAUGCCGCAUUUCGAAUAUUAUCAUCCUGCAAAGUUAACAAAGUUUGUCCUUUGGAUUUUAAGCAGCCGUCAGAAGUGAUCAAAGCAUGUCGCAAUGUUGCUGCCCCGAGUCCUUCCUGCUGCAGCUCGUUAAAUGCUUACAUUGCGGGAAUACAAAAACAAAUGUUGAUUACAAAUAGACAAGCCAUGAUCUGUGCAACGGUUUUUGGAUCCAUGUUGCGGAAAGGAGGGGUUAUGACUGAUAUUUUUGAGCUUUGUGAUGUUGACUUGAAAGAUUUUAGCAUACAAGCAUAUGGACAAGAAGGAUGUCUCCUUCGAAGCCUGCCUACAGAUGUGAUAUUUGACAAUGUAACUGGCUUCAGCUUUACAUGUGAUUUGAGUGACAAUAUUGCAGCACCAUGGCCUUCAUCAUCUUCAAUGACAUCAAUUUCCCUUUGUGCACCUGAGAUGUCGCUGCCUGCAUUACCAACCUCGGAGACUUUUAAAAACACCGGCUGUGGUGGUGUUGUGGUGGAAUUUCUAGUACCCAUUUUUUCAUUUUUUGUUUUCAGUGCAUUUUUGCUCUGAAAGUAUUAAUCUGAGGGUUGGGAUGGUUUAUUAGGGGGGGCUUUUUGGAAUUGACCUUUGGUGUGGAUUUUGCUUGUAAAUUUUGAGUAGCCUUUGUCCUUGUAUAGCACAAGUUUCUUCCUUUCA